AUGCCCAAACCUGACCCAUCACGUGACAGUCUCGUACGCUCGCUGGAGGCUAAGGUCGCGGAACUCGAGAGCCAAUUGCAGGCAUAUCAUGCCGGGCCCGAGGACCUGCCCUUUUCCCUGGCAUCGAGGAUUGCUCAGGCCUCACUAUCUGUGGGCGUCCCUCGCCGAAAGUCAUAUCUAAGGUCCAAAGUAUCCCCGGCUCUUAUAUAUCGACCAUCUUUCCCACCUUUGGCUGUGGUUCGAGAACGCCAAGAAUCCCUAGAGGAGCAAGUGUCCACCGAAAACGAACGUACCUUGAUCUCUGACGAGCAUCGCCAGAGCCCGGCAGUUGGGACUCUUAUGGAUCUAAGUAGCGUACCUUUCUCUGCGAUCAAGCGAAUGGUGCAGAACUAUGUGGAUGUGCAUAGGCCUCAAUAUCCCUGCGUCUCAACCAGCUUGAUUGAAACCAUCGUUGAACGCAUUCGGGGCGAGGUGGAUGCCACCAACACCUUUUUCUCCAGUGGCAACCCAGACGCGUCUGGGCUUGGCCACUUCGACUACUUCGUCCUCUUUAUCGUUCUGGCCAUCUCUGCAAUGACCCUGACAUGGAAGGCUGAGGACCAAGCUCGUGCUGCGUCGGAGACCUUCUACAACUCAGCCACCAAGCAUUUGCAAGCCUUGGACGACAACGACGACAUUCAGGCCCUUCAAAUCUCGCUCCUGCUGGCUCACUAUGCUCACUUGUGUCCAGAACGCGUAGACAACUGGAGUUGCAUUAUGCAUGCUGUUAGAGUGGUACUCAACCUUGGAUUGCAUAAAGGGAGCCCGGCAGCCUUGGAUGAGGCUCAACGACAACAGCGAUGCCAACUUUUCUGGGUCACUUAUGGGAUGGAAAGAUCACUCUGUGGAAACCUCCGUCUGCCGUUGUCUUUCACUGAGGAAUCUAUAACCAUACCAUUAGACCUCGGCGUUGACGCUAACGCAGCAAUGUUCGCUGCUGAGGAUGUGCAAAGAGAGUCUUCCGCCACCCAUAUCUAUCUGUACCGUGCCCUUGAAACAGAAGUUCACCGUGUACUGCAUCUCGAAGAGGAUCUCCAGCUCUUCGGCCAUGUCGAGAUCUCCGGCUGGAUUGCCGACAUGUCUAGUCGCCUCGCACUCUGGUACGAGAAAGCGCAAUCAUACACUCGAUAUGCCAUGCUUGAGUUCAAGAAUGUGCAAUACAACCAUCUACGUGCACGCCUUCAUCGGCCCACGCCGCGCCUGCGCGUCCGCAGCACCGACGAUCGUCAGAUUGUACUCGACGCUACCGCGGCGCUGAUUGACGACUACUUGUCCCAGGAGCUCCGCUGCCGCCUCUUCUACCCCUGGCAUGGCGUACAUAUUCUCUUCGAAGCGGCCACUAUUUCACUUGAGGCAUGCUGGUCGCUCCGUACGGCGGUAGAACCGCUUCGCAGCAUAGUCGAUCACAUGCUGCACCACGCGCUGCCGCAGUGCCUCCAGCUCCUAACAAAGAUUGGACACCGUUGGAGCGCUGCGCGUGUCAGCGCCAAGUUGCUUGAGCCGAUUGUGGCUGAGGUGGCGGCGGCAUGCGCGAGUGCGCGCAGUAGUAGCGACGACCAGCGCCCAUUUGGUGAUGCUGCCAUCGAUGAUAUAGCAAUCGCCAAGAAAAUUGACAGAUUGUUGUUCUCAGACGGCCCGCUGGUGUGGGACCAGCAAGUCUUGGGGGAGCAAGUGCCCGCGAUAGGCCUAGGAUUUGGCAAUGCAGGGUUUUCGGACGACAUUGAAGCCUUCUUUGACGAGACGGAGCUUUUCUCGUGGCAACCAAACUGGGGCCUGGCAUUCGACGAUGCAAGCGCUGGUGACUGGUCCGAGCACACUGCUUGA